ACAGCGCCUCCGUCUCUCUCUUCACGUUUCUCUCUCUUCCUCUCUCUCUCCGCUGCUCCUCUUCCCCUCUCUCACCGCCGCUCCACUAGCCGCACCUCUGCCGCUCCUCCUCGCCGUCGCGGGCAACCAGAGCACCGAUUCACCUAGAUUUGUCCUAUUUUCUCUCUCUAAACUCCAUAGCCAAUCAUGAAAUUCAGAUCUACGCGACACUACCCAUUUCAAAUCUUCCAUUGAGCUGAGCUUCAAUGGCAAAUCUCGUGGGUCUGGUGGUGGUGAUUUUGGGUCGAUCAAUAGUGAGUAUUUCCAAGAAACGGCCCAAGAAGCUCCAUGGAGAAUCCACACGCUGUUCUCUGUGGAGUGCCACAGCUACUUGUUCAGGCGUACUUAGAUUUGCAAAGUACAUAGUAGCUGACCUUAGUGAGUUGAAUUCCUUUAUGCAACAGUAUGGUGUAUCACCAGAAAGGUUUGGAGAGUACAAGGAACUAUGUAGUUUCUUCAAGGUCUUAACAACUAGUGCAGAUUCAGAUAAUAAGGUCUAUGUCUCCACAGUCCAUGCACACAAUUAUCCUGUUACUGCCUUCCAAUGGCAUCCAGAGGAAAUUUCUGCCCUGAGAUGGAACCGUUCUGGAGAAAAGAUUCCUUGAUAGAUAAAAAUGAAAUUUGCCUGUGUUUAAUUCUAGUAACUUGAAGAACCAAUUUAUGUUGUGAAUGCACAACUGUCCAAAGUAAAAGAGAGAAUUGUGUUGGGAAUAUAAGUUACGAUCACGAGUUUGUUGGUUUGGAUAGUAUAUGUAUUUGUUGGAUUAUAUAUUUAUGGAUUUUUAUUUUGUUUGAUA